AUGGCGUCUACAAACCCGGCUUCCAAGGAGCAAAAGGAUCCCCGAACGGUCCAUGAUCUCGUCUCGCUCAUCACAUCGUCUACACCGCUCGGUUCAACGUCUACAAAGCCUAUUACAAUCUAUCCCAACGACGACUCGCUGCUGUCGCUGCUCCAUGCCCGCUUUCGUCACGACUUGCCUUUUACGCGCAUUGGCUCGUCCGCUCUCGUCGCGGUGAAUCCCAGCAAGCUGAUCCCAGCGGAUAAUGAAGCCUCUAUGCGCGAAAUUGCAGAAAAGGCGUGGGACAUGAGCGGCCGUUGGCGCAAGGAUGGUGGCCUGCAGGCGCAUGCGUAUGAAUUUGCGACGCGGAUCUAUCUUGCAAGCAGACGAUGGCAUCAACCUCAACUUGUCGUAUUUCGGGGAAUCACAGGCUCCGGCAAGUCGCACACGUCAAGUCUCAUCACACGCCAACUGCUUCACCUUUCCUCAUCCACCUCGUUCACCUCCAUCUCAUCCACAUCUGCACGAAAAGCCCAGAAAAUUACAUCUCAAAUCAAUGCCUUUAAUACCCUCUUGUCGUCGUUUGGUCGAUCAAAGACUCAGGCCAACCCAGACGCGAGCCGGUAUUCUAGCUACACCGAACUCCAUUUCUCCUAUUCGACAAAUGACCAAGGAGAGGCAAGUCCAGGCUCCGGUGUCAUCGUUGGAGCAAAGAUUCUCACUUGGGGAAUCGACAAGUCGAGGCUGAGCCGCCUCCGACAAGACGAACGCACGUUCCACAUCUUCUACCAACUCUUGUCCGGCCUGCCGUCGGCUCUACACGAGUCAUUCGGCCUGGAAGAUGCAUCUGACUAUGCGCUACUCGCGUCUUCGGGAUGCUAUCGUCUUCCGUCAGGUCCGUUUAGUGACGACUCGGCCCAGUUUGGUCUAGUCCAGGAAGCCAUGAACAUUCUUGGCUUCAAGGAGCGGCACCGAGAAAGUAUAUGGAGAUUGCUUAGCGCGAUGCUCACGCUCGGAAACAUUGAUUUCGACGAGCCACUGAGCAAGCGAGACGUACAGGCCGGAUACAUGGGUGGUGCCAACGGCCUUGGAGGAAACGUCGUUGAUGGUCAAGAAGAAGUCCGCAUCACCAACCCGUUGAUGCUCGACCGAGCUGCGCGAUUGCUUGGGAUCACGCCCGACUCGCUGAGGGAGAUUCUCACCGUGAAGAGCAGUUAUGUUCGCAAGGAAGUCCUGAGCGUCUAUCUCGAGGCUCAAGGUGCCAGGGCGCAACGAGAUUCUCUCGUAUCUGGUCUCUACACCCUUCUUUUCAGCUACAUUGUCGAGACUGCGAAUCACAAACUCAGUCCUGGUCUCACGCCGCCGGCAUCUGGACGCUCAUACACUCCCGCGCCCAUUAUCCUUCUGGAUAUUCCAGGCUUUACGACACGCGCAUCUCAGGGAACCGGCACACUCAUCUCUGCCGCCAGCGGAGGAAACGGGUUCCCAGAAUUCGUUACCAAUUUCCAAGACGAAAUACUCCAGUCAUUCCUUUUGCGUCACAACUUUGACGACGACGUACCGCCUUCAUCCGAUAUUCUCCACGACGGCGUUCACCUCCCUACGAUGACAAUUAUGGACAACCUCUCCGUCAUUGAACUCUUGCGUGGUGCACCCGUCACUGGUGAUCCGAGGAGUGUCAUGGGCAAGCGCGUUGGAGGCGUGUUGGGUGUGAUGAACAAGGCAGCGACAAGUGCGCGUAAAGGCAGCGUCGUUUCUGGAGAAGAUAUGGUACAAGAGCUCGUGGGUAGUUUUGGUGGGAGCCCCGGAUUCAUUCAGCCGACUGCGGAUCCAUUUGCGUCUACGGCCAGCUUUGGGUCGUCGGGUGCACCGCCGGCUUCUCGACGCUUUGCCAAUUUUGGUAUCAAUCAUUACUCUGGUCCGAUUACGUAUGGUGUUCAUGAUUGGGUGGAGAAUGAUGCGGAUAAUUGGGAUGCUGGGUUUGUGCGCGCAUUGCGUUCGAGUGGUGAAGGAUUUGUCAAGAGGCUCGUUUCUGGUCCCGGUAUUGCGUCCGAGUCGCACGUCAACGAUCCUAGCAUUGUCGUUCGUGCCCAGGUCUCCAUUAGGCCAAUCCGCACUCCCACCUUGCUGGCUGGUUCCCAAGACGACGAGAAGGAUAAAGCAUUUUCGUUGGAUCCCAGCAAGGCGUAUCCGAUCACCACUCAGCAAAACUCGGUCUUGUCCUAUCUUCUUUCUCAGCUCGAGCGAUCAGCCGCUCGUGUCUGGACUGCUUUAUGCAUCCGACCAAACGACUCCGGCUUGAGCAACAGCUUUGACAAGCGACGUGUGCGAGCGCAGCUGCAAAGUCUGGGGCUCGCAGAUCUCGUGGGACGCAAGCAAAACGUUUGGGUCCAUGGCUAUACCACCCAGGAGUUCCUUCAUGCCGUCGGAAUGCACUCUGGAAGCAUCGUCGGUGGUCCCGAGGAUGGCAUCCGCGCCUUUGCAAGUGGCGAACGAUGGGUUGAGGGUGUCGAUUUCGUCUUUGGCAAGACCAAAGUUUGGGUCAACUGGAAUGCCUGGCGAGAUGUCGACGACCGUGCGCGAGUUACGGAAGAGGGCAUGCGCGCUACUUCACCCUCGAGGGCCCAUGGAGAUGAUGACGAUGAUAUGAGCGCAGAAGGUGGUGCUCCGAGCGAAUUGCAUGGGUGGGGUCGAGGCACGGUUGGACGACGCAGUAUCGGAAGCAUGGCGUUUGGAGCUUCGCAUGAAGAUCUGCUCUAUGGUGGAGGCGGACUUCUUUCAGCCGAUCCGACGCAAAACUUCAACGUCGAGGGAGGCAACAAUUACAACCCUGGAUGGAACGGCUCCAACGAGUGGGAUAAAGGGAGUGCCGAUGGGUAUACGCCUCCAGCGGCUGACAAGAAGAAUAAGGGUGCCAUCGAAAUGUCGCAGCCCGCGGGUAAGCAUGGCUAUGCAAACUUGCCUGGUGGGGAUGGCUCGACUGCUGCAUUGGCUACCAAGGAAAAGGGCAAGAUGGCCUCCAAGCCUGUCGAGGUGAUCCCAACGACGCGUGCUCGUCGGUGGUGGGUCCGCUUUGUGUGGAUGUGCACAUGGUGGAUACCAUCCUUCUUGCUCUCCUGGGUUGGCGGCAUGAAGCGCUCGGAUAUUCGCAUGGCGUGGCGCGAAAAGGUGACGAUUUGCAUGCUCAUCUUUGGGCUAUGCGCGUCGAUCAUCUUCUAUGUCAUCUUUUUCGGCAAGCUGCUUUGUCCGGAAUUCGACCACGCCUGGGAUGCCAAUGAUCUCAAGGGUCACGACAGCGAGGACAACUUUUGGGUGUCUAUCGCUGGAAGUGUCUAUGAUAUCACCAACUUUAUCCAGGGUGAUCACUCUGUCCCUGGUCGACCCAUGACCCCGGACGUCACAAUGCCCUAUGCCGGUACCGACCUCACGACGUAUUUCCCUCCACCAUUGGACUUGGCUUGUGCUGGUCUCGUCACGAGCCAUUUGCUCGAGAUGCGCUGGGCUAAUGCGACUUCUGCACCGAUCCCCGCGUAUGCUAUCCACACUAGCGGUGCUCUCCAAACCCUAGAGGGAACAAGACUCACUAGUCCGACGUGGUAUACGGACCGAUUUCUUCCAAAGAUGAAGCAAUUCUACAAGGGCCCACUCGUCUGGGGACCCAAGUUGAUCCAUUCUGCUGUGAAUGAUGGACGCUUUGUCGCCAUUAUUGACCAAAAGUUGUACGACUUGUCCGACUAUCUCCAGACGUACGAGGACACCCAUGGCCAAGGUGGAUACGACUAUCUAAACUCGGACAUUGUCGCACUCUUCAAGCAGCAAGUCGGUCAAGAUAUCACAAAGAAUGUCAAAGCUAUUUUGGACGGAUUGGAUGACCAUCAACGAGCGGCCAACAAAGCGUGCCUCAAUAACCGCUUCUACAUUGGCCGUACCGACUUCCGCAAGGAUGCCAGAUGCACAGUUCAAGGCUACCUUCUCGUCACCUUCUCUGCCAUCAUCGCGGUCACCAUUCUGAUCAAGUUCCUUGCCGCUUUGCAACUCACGUCGAAGCGCACGCCAGAACUGCUGGACAAGUUUAUCAUCUGCCAAGUCCCUUGCUACACCGAAGGAGAAGAAUCUCUUCGCCGAACCAUUGAUUCGCUUGCUGGUCUCAAGUAUGACGACAAGCGCAAGCUUUUGUUCAUCAUAUGCGACGGGAAUAUCGUCGGUUCUGGUAACGAUCGACCGACGCCUCGUAUCGUGCUCGAUAUUCUUGGUGUAGAUCCAAGUCUGGACCCGGAGCCUCUCAUGUUCAGGAGUAUCGGUGAGGGGUCCAAGCAGCUCAACUAUGGCAAGGUCUACUCUGGUCUCUACGAGUUUGAAGGUCACGUCGUCCCAUACAUGGUCGUCGUCAAAGUCGGAAAGCCCAGCGAACGUCAGCGUCCGGGCAAUCGUGGCAAGCGAGACUCUCAAAUCCUUCUUCUCCACUACCUCAACCGCGUCCACUUUGAUGCUCCCAUGUAUCCGCUCGAGCUGGAAAUGUAUCACCAGAUGCACAACAUCAUCGGUAUCGACCCGGCGUUCUACGAGUACAUUUUCAUGGUCGACGCCGAUACGACAGUGACGCCCGAUUCGCUCAAUCGACUAGUUGCCGUGACCUCGGAUGACUCCAAGGUUAUUGCCGUCUGUGGAGAGACCAAACUCGACAAUGAGGACGGCUCUUGGUGGACAAUGAUCCAAGUGUACGAAUACUACAUUUCGCACCACCUCGCCAAGGCCUUUGAGUCUCUCUUCGGCUCUGUCACUUGUUUGCCAGGAUGUUUCUCCAUGUACCGUAUCCGAACGGCAGACAAGGGACGACCGCUUAUCAUUUCCAACCGCAUCAUCGACGAAUAUUCAGAGUGCAAUGUCGAUACUUUGCACAAGAAGAAUCUCCUUCAGCUCGGAGAGGAUCGAUAUCUCACGACGAUUAUGAUGAAGCACUUCCCGCUGUUCAAGAUGAAGUUUACGCCAGACGCCAUUGCUCAUACAGUCGCUCCUGACCGCUGGAGUGUGCUGCUCUCUCAGCGUCGUCGAUGGAUCAACUCGACUAUUCACAACCUUCUCGAGCUGAUUGGUCUUGGCGAACUCUGUGGCUUCUGCUGCUUCUCGAUGCGUUUCAUCGUGUUUGUUGAUCUGCUCGGUACUUUGAUCCUGCCCGCCACUGCAGUCUAUUUGGUCUACCUCAUUGUGGUUGUCGCGACGAAACAGGCGCCUAUUCCCAUCAUCUCACUCGCGAUGAUUGGUGCCGUCUACGGUCUGCAAGCGGUCAUCUUCCUUCUCAAGCGCGAGUUUAUGCUCAUUGGCUGGAUGAUCAUUUACAUUCUUGCAUAUCCCGUCUAUUCGUUCUUCUUGCCCAUCUACUCGUUCUGGAGCAUGGACGACUUUAGCUGGGGUAACACACGUAUCGUUGUCGGAGAAGGAAAGGACAAGAAGGUCAUUCUUCAAGACGACGAAGGAUUCGAUGAAAGCGUUAUUCCACUCAAGAAGUUUAGCGAGUACCAAGCGGAAGCGAUCGAAUUUGAUGAACACAAAUCGGUUUCUGGCGGAUCACGCCCCGAAUCGCGUGCUCGUUCGGUGGCUCCGCCAUACCAAUCCCACUCACGUCCCGGAUCCCGCGCCGCAUCGCCAAGUCCAGGCGGGGACUAUUAUCGCGACACGAAUGUGAUGCACAACAGCUCGUCGAACCCGAAUCUGCGCCUGGCUGCACAAUCGCAUCGUAGUGCGUCGUCGAUGGGCAUGCCUCAACUCCCAUCCAUGCCAUUCAGCGGACCUGCGGCGUCGGAGCAAGGACACAUGCGGACGGGCAGCUUUGGUGCCAUGAGCAUGGGCACGAUGCCUAUGCCGAUGGCAGGCUUUGGUAUGAUGGGUGGACCGGGUGAAUUUGGAACACUUCCGUACGCUGGAUCGGCCUAUGCCGGUAGUGCAUACGGUGGAACGGGUCCAGCGGCGCCCAGGAACAGCGUCAUGACCAACUUGAACAUGUUUGGAACGGGUACGAGCGGCGGGUUUGGGGCGACAAUGCCGGGUGGGGGCGGAGGACCUCCGUCGUCUUUCCCCUCGGCGUUUGGACAACAACAGCGACCCAUGUCGACGUUUAGUAUGGCGACGAGCAUCAAUCCGCUCAUGAGUGCGCCUAGCCAGAAUCCCAACCCGACGGAUGAAGAGUUGCUUAGCGUGCUCAGAAUGUAUUUGAGCACGCAGGAUCUGAUGACUGUCACGAAAAAAACUGCGCGCGAGGCAGUCAUGGCCCGCUUCCCGAAGGCAGACUUGUCCUCGAAGAAGGACUUUUUGAAUCAAUCCAUCGAAAAGAUUCUAUCGGACGCAUGA